UUCAGCAACAAGUCAUGGAACCUAGCAAUCCUCUGGUACAGGCUAUUUUGACUGAUUUUUAUCAAAUCACAAUGGCCUAUGCUUAUUGGAAAUGCAACAAACACAAUGAUGUUGCUUGCUUUGACUUGUUCUUUAGAAAGAACCCAUUUCGUGGUGAAUUUACAAUCUUUUGUGGGCUUGAAGAGUGUAUCCGUCAUAUUCUCAAUGUGGGCUUCUCUCAAUCUGAUAUUGAUUAUCUCAAGACUGUACUGCCAUCAGAUGUUCAUGAGGGGUUUAUUGAAUAUCUUUUAGAUCUUGAUGGAAGUGAUAUCACUUUACAUGCUAUCCCUGAAGGUUCAAUUGUCUUUCCCAGAGAGCCUUUAAUCACUGUAGAAGGUCCUUUGGCUAAACUACAAAUCAUUGAGACAACUCUGCUAAAUCUUGUUAAUUUUGCUAGCCUGGUUGCCACAAAUGCAGCCAGAUUUAGAUUGGUAGCUGGUGAGGAUGUGCGUCUUCUAGAAUUUGGACUGCGUAGAGCUCAGGGUCCUGAUGGAGGAGUUUCAGCAUCACGCUACUGUUACAUUGGUGGUUUUGAUGCAACAAGCAACAUUCUAGCUGGAAAAAUGUAUGACAUACCAUGUAAAGGAACAAAUGCACACUCCUUUAUAACAUCAUUCAACAAGCUCACAGAUUUAGACAACAUUGACAAAACCAUAAAUGGCUGCCAGUGUAAAAUGGUGGACUUUAUUGAAAUAUGUCUGAGUUUCAAAGAUGCAGUUUGCAAUUUGCUGAAAGUUAACGCGGAUGAAACUAUCGAAGGGGAACUGACUUCGUUCAUUUCAUAUGCUUUCACAUUUCCAAAGUCUUUUCUAGUUCUUGUUGAUUCAUACGAUGUCUUCAAUUCAGGAGUCCCAAACUUUAUCAUCAUAGCAUUAGCACUUCAUAAACUGAACUUUAAAGCAAUUGGUGUACGUAUUGACAGUGGAGAUCUUGCUUAUCAGUCUAUUGAAAUAAGGAAGGCUUUCAAACUGGCAGCUGAGCAUUUUGGCAUAGAUUACCUCGCCGAUUUGACCAUCACUGGGAGCAAUGACAUUUGUGAAGAAACCAUUGCAUCACUAAACCAACAGGGCCACUCCCUUAAUGCUUUUGGCGUGGGGACUCAUCUUGUAACCUGCAAAAGUCAGCCUGCUCUGGGGUGUGUUUAUAAGCUAGUGAGAGUUAAUGGGCUCAACAGAAUCAAGCUUAGUGAAGAUCCAAUAAAGACUACCAUGCCUGGCAAAAAAGUACUUUACCGACUCUAUGGGAAAGAGGGACAUCCCCUUGCUGACAUUAUUCAAGAAGAUGGAGAACCAGAACCAAAAGGACGUGUCCUCUGUAGACAUCCUAAUCUUGAGCUGAAACGUGUGUACAUCAACCCAUCAUCUUACAAGUGUCUGCAGAAAACUUGGGUCAAGAAUGGCAAAGUAUUGGAGCCUCUUCCCUCAAUCCAUGAUAUAAAGAAGUUUUGUGGAGACGAAAUAAAAAUGAUGAGGCCUGAUCACGUGAGACUUCUUAACCCAACACCUUACAAAGUCUCUAUCAGUGAAUCAAUGUACGAAAUGAUGCACAGGAUGAUCCUUGAACACACACCUAUCAGGGAGAUGCAGUAGUCGAACAAACAUUAAUGACAAUAUAUCUUUAGAUAGAAACUAGUAGAUAUGACAAGCUGAACUUAGAUUUUUAUACAGUUAUAGUAUGUCCAAUUUAUCUGAUUUGCGUAUAAUAAAAAAUUUUAUUAUUUGCCUUUUAGUAUAUAUAUAAGUUCAAUGUUUCUACAUUAAGUGUAAAUUCAUAGUUUCUACGUUGAUAUUUUUACCCAUUCCUUUCGCAUUGUCUUCUAUUGAUAGAACCUUUUUACCUUUGUUUUUUGAUAAUACUGAUUGAGAUAAUUUAAUAAUUGGCUUUUAAUUCACCUGAUCGCACAUCAUCCUAUUGGAUUUUUAUGAAAACUAUAAAAUUGUUUAACUUUCUAUGAAAUUAUUCGUUCAAUCCUUUUAUCUAAACUCAUUUUAAAAUAUACCGUUGAAUUUUUACCACAUUAAACUAAUGAAUUGAGGUGAAAAUUUCGCCCUCAUCAUAAGCUCAUAAGCUAUCAAUUCAUAGACACAUGUUUUGUAACCUACAUGAUAUGAUAUGUUGUAUGAUUGAGAUAAUUGUGAUGAUGCUUAUGAAAUUUCCUAGAUUACACAACAUUUUUUACUAAAUACAGAUGAAAUCAGGGUUUUGGGUAUUAUUAAAUUGUGAUAGUGUUUAAAUAUUUUUAAAAGUUGUAUAGAUAUAGAAUGAGUUUUUCUAUUUAAAACUUGAUAAUGUUAAACGCUUACUUUUGAUCUUGCAAACAGAAAUAUGUUUCUAAAAAUUUAGAAUAAAAAUGCAUCCAUCAAUUUUCGUUUCAGGA